UGUUCUAUGGUUUAAGGGGGGUUGGAUGGCUGAAUGGUUAGCGUGCGCGCGCUGUAUCAUAAAGUCUGUCAUUGAGUCGACUGGCGUGGUUUCGAAUCCCCGGUUGUACGUGGCAAGGAGUAGGGUCGCCUGUCCAACCUCGUGGGUUUUCUCCGGGACCUCCGGUUUCCUCCCACUGCUAAAGACCCCUACGCGCAAGCGAAUUAUGUAAAUAAAAUUAAACCAUGUGUUAGUCCCGAAAUGACCUAGUUUGUGUCGAGUGGACGUUAAACCCCAUUUCUCUCUCUCUCUCUCUCUCUAUGGUUUAACCUUGGUGAUGUUAUUCAUUUGAGCAUAUAAUUAUCUCUUCUUUAGAUCGUGUGAAUACGAUAUUACAGGAAAAACGUCCUAAUGGAAUUUUGUUAAAUUGUCCCAAGGAGGAAAUGUAUUGAAAUUUAAAUUUAGGAUUUAUCUAACCGCCUUACAUUUAUAUUCAAGAUACGCGAUACAAGAUAAAGCACUAAUUUAAUAAUCAUUCCCCUAUCUUUCAACAACCUACAUUAUAAAUCCAAUCCAAAUCAUUAUGCUUUAUAUUGUACAUUUCUUUUAUACUGCCUGCUAUGUUCUGCUGGUUUGUGUAGUUCUUUGAAUUUGUGAGAAAAGGAACUAAACUAAACCACGAUGAAGAUACAAAUAAUAUCAUCAAUGAAAUCCAGCUGGAACAAGGCAAGGGUCCAUUUUCUCUGCUGUUUGCUUUUUCUGAAUUUGGUAUUAGCAGAAGACUUCUAUCAGUUGUUGGCAAUUUCCAGAAGUGCAUCUACAAAAGAAAUAAGAAAGGCAUUUAAGAAAUUGGCUAUUACUAUGCACCCUGAUAAAAACCAGGAUGAUGCUAAGGCCCAUGAAAAGUUUAUAAGAAUAAAUCGUGCUUAUGAAGUUUUAAAGGACGAUAAACUGCGAAAGAAAUAUGAUAUGCAUGGUGAAGAAGGGCUUAAGGAUGAUUUCCAGAGGGGGCGUCAUUAUGAAAGUUGGCAGUGGUACCAAGAAAAUUUUGGAAUUUAUGAUGACGACCCUGAAAUUAUCACACUAAAUAAAGAAGAUUUUGAACAAUCUGUAGAGGGAACUGAUGAUAUUUGGUUUAUUAAUUAUUAUUCACCACAGUGUUCACACUGUCAUCAGCUAGCACCAGAUUGGAGAGCAUUAGCUAAAGAAGUAGAGGGUGUAAUACGUAUUGGAGCCAUCAAUUGUGCUGAUGACUGGCAGUUAUGUCAGAUGCAGGGAAUCAGAUCAUAUCCUUCUCUUGUCUUAUAUCCUGAGAGAGAAAAGUAUUUUGGAGAUCGUUCUGUUCAUACUUUAGUCAAAUAUGUAAUGAAACAUGUAAAAGUACGACAUAAUGAAUUAUGGUCAGGUAAUUUUAACUACUUGGUAAAUGGUGAAUCAGAUGAAGUUGAGAGUGAUCUGCCCUGGUUGAUUAGUUUCUGUGGAGAGGGUGGUGAUUGUUUAGAAAGUAUGACAUGUCUAAAACUAGCAUCCAUGUUGCAUGAACUGGUUAAUGUAGGCUAUGUAGACUGUUAUUCCAGUGGUGAUAUUUGUGAGAAUCUGGAUGUAGAAUAUGGAAUAUAUUUUUAUGAAGCUGGGGAAGUUAAAAAACAUAAAGGAACAGAAAUAUCAUCUCUAGUAGCUCAAGAAAUAGCACAGAUAGUUUUAUCUCAGUUACCAGACGUUAAUAGUUUAGAUGAAAAAACUCUACAGUCAAUAUUAACCAAUAAAAACACAGGGCAAGAUGAACAUUGGUUAGUGCAAUUUACAGAUACUGAUGAAAGUAGUGGUCUAGAAUUACGCAAGCUGCCAGCCAUGUUAAGAGAAUUUUAUAUUGGACGUGUAAACUGUAAAGUAUUAUCUGAAUUAUGUGAAACUUUACAUUUCAACAAGUUCCCUACAAUUUUAGUAUUUAAACAAAAUGGUGGAUAUGAAACUCUUUAUGGAAGAAUGACUGCACAUGAUAUUGCAGCAUUUGCCAGAGACAGCGCCUCCACACCGAUGGAAAAUUUAGGGCCUUCAGAUUUUCCUCAAAGGGUUGUUGAUAGUCGUGAUCCGUGGUUUGUUGACUUUUUUGCUCCAUGGUGCCCACCAUGUAUGAGAUUGUUACCAGAGUUUAAGAAAGCAGCUAGGGAUUAUGGUGAUAAUGUUAAUUUUGGUACAGUAGAUUGUACAAUACAUGAUAAACUCUGCUCAACAUAUAAUAUACGAUCAUAUCCAACAACUAUAUUUUAUAAUCAAAGUAAACCGAUACAAUAUAAAGGUCAUCAUCAUGCAGAAGCAAUGGUUGAAUUUUUACAGGAUACAAUGAAUCCACCUGUCAUAAUAUUAAACAAGGAAUCAUUUAAUAGACUUGUUAAAAAUAAACAGUCAGAUGAAAUCUGGUUAGUUGAUUUUUAUGCACCAUGGUGUGGUCCAUGUAUGCAGCUAGCACCUGAAUGGAGAAGAUUAGCAAAAAUGUUGAAAUCAACAAAGGGUGUGCAUGUAGCAGAAGUUGACUGUCAAGAAAAUAGUGAUGUAUGUAGACAAGAAAGUAUCAAUUCAUAUCCUACAAUGAGACUUUUUCCUAUGGGAACCACGAAUACUGCCAAGUUUCAUAUGUAUAAUGGUUGGCAUAGAGAUGCCACAUCACUUAGGGCAUGGGUGUAUGAAUAUUUGCCUUCUAAAGUAGCAACCCUUUCUAGAAAUAGCUUCUAUGAAAGAAUAUUAAAGAGUGCUGAACCGUGGAUUGUAGAUUUUUAUGCACCAUGGUGUGGACAUUGUCAAACAUUUAAACCAGAGUUUGAAAAAGUAGCAGAGAGUUUGGAUGGUAUAGCUAGAGCUGGUAAAGUUGAUUGUCAACAAUAUCAACAUCUAUGUAAUGAAGCUAGUAUAACAGGUUAUCCUACUGUUAGAUUUUAUAAAGGUUCAACAAAUAACCAACAACAGCAUCCUAGUGGUAGGGAUAUUGAUAGUCAGGAUGCUGAAACUAUUAUAGAAUUUGUUCGUAAUAAUAGAAGAAGACGGAAAGAUGAGUUAUAACCUACAGUUACUGUGAAAUGUACUGAACAAAGUGUCAUAUAAUGCAAUAUUUAUUAUAAAUUUCCUGUUGUUGGAAACCAUCGUUAUUGUAAUUGCCUGAUAUUUUCACUUUUUUUUGUUAUAUUUUUGUUUUAUUAUACAAUGAGGGAUCUGUGGUUUUCUUUGCGUUUAGGUUUUUUAUUAUUAUAUUUACAUGUCCAAGGUAUUAUAAAAUUUUAUCAUUAUAUAUUUCAUAUCGCUAUAUUUUUUCUAGUCAUACAUCAAUUUAUAACGGGAAAUUCUCGUUUAUUUAUAGACUAGUGUUAAACCUGAUAUUAUCCUUUUCUUUUUUUUAUGUCAUAGCAGUAUCCAAUCUUAAACAUAAACCCUAGAUUUCUUAUGCAGUUAACAAUAGGGUAAUAAUAUGGUGUUUAGACAUAGAAACAAUGUCAGUAUCAUUUCAAUUGAUAAAGAAUAUUUAAAUGCUUCGAACAAAAACCUAAUGUUAAAAUAUUAUAUUUAUGAUACCAAUAUGUAUGGUUGUGCCAAAUUAUAAUUUACUGUUAUAAGGUAACAUAAAUAUUAAAUUUUUUCAAGUGACUUGUGCCAUAAAGUAGCUUAAUUACUUAUUUAAUUAUAUAUAAAGUAAUAUAGGUGUCUAAUAGUGUGUUCAAGUAACCUCAAACUAAAUGACUAAGAUGUGUUCUUCACUGUCAGGCCCAAUAGAUAUGGCAUCACUCCAAUCCAAUUGCUGGCACAUUUUUUUAUUAUUCUAUAAUAAGCCUAUGUAAUCAAAAUAUAAAGUAAAAUGAACAAAUAAUCCUAUAUUAUCUUAUGUUUACAUGUUGUUAGAUUUUAAAUUACCAAACUGUACUGUUAGGUUUUGGUUUGGUGUUUAAAGAAUUAUAUUAUAAAUUGUAUAUUUUGGUGUUUAUAUUAGAAAUUGUAUAUUUCAGUAAUUAAACUAGAAUUAUUAUUGAAAUUGUAUAUUUUAGUGUUUAUACUACAGUUAAAUUAGAAAUUGUAUAGUCUGCAUAUUUAUUAGUUAUGGCAGUUAUAUAUAAAUGGGGUAGUAGUUUAUGAUUUAUUUCUGUUUAAAUAUUAUAUUUCACUGUUAUAAAUAGAUUCUUAUCUGUGUCUCAUUGAAGCUUUCUUCACGUUGUAUAUAAUGCACAACUGCACAUAAGAAAUUAGUGUUAUACCUUAGUUCAUUGUAUUAUGUUACAUAUGGGAUGAUGUAAUAUCAUGUGAUGUCUACAAUGUCAUGAGAUAAAUAUUCUUGGGAAAAUAGUUACAUCGAUCUGAUUGUUUUACUUAAGCCCCACUCGGUUAUAAAAUUAUUACAGGAGAUAUUAAAUUUAGUACAACAUACAUGUAUAUUAUAUGCAAGUUAUAUUUACAGUGUCUUAUAAUUUACUUCAGUGCAUUUGAUUACCACAAUAUGUUUAAGGACUUUAAAGACGGUGCAUCUAUUUCUUUAUUCUAUCAGCAGCUACAAAAAUCAAUGUUUAAACAAUUUUAGACACAUCUUCGAUGCCACCAAAUCAUUCUAAAUGGAGUCCCCAUACUGACAAAUAACUAUAUGUAAUUUGAGUGAAUCGAUCAAAUUGACUCAUAAUGUGCUUUGAGAUAAUGAUUGCAUUAUUUGUGGCUUGUGGUUAAAUAAACUUAGAAUUCUUUUAAAAGUUGAUUUGAGCAACUGUCAUUAUCUAUUGUUAGAAUGUAGAAAUCGGUGGACCGUCUCCUUUCAGUUAUUGAUCAAAAUCUUUUAAUAUAGUGGUACUUUGUGACAUGACAUGCAGAACUUUUAACACUGAAAUUUGAAGAUUUAAUGAUGUAAAUAAUGAUUUGUUUAGCAAACAGUAUUAAUUACAAUCACAACGAUCAUAAUCUCAGCCUUAAUAGUUAUAAAUUACAUUGAUAAAAAUCUUUUCUUGAUAUCUCCCAUUUUAUUGUAUUUUAUAACCAUUUAUUAAGAUUUUACAUGCUGAUACAUGUUGUCAAAUGUUUCUAUGUUUAAAGUUAUAAACAAAGUAUUUAAAAUGAAAGAUUUUUCAAAUAAUUCUUUGUACACUUACGACUUACUUAACUCCAGAAUCUAUGUGUGUCUUUAUAUAUAAAUUAUUAUUAAUGAUUUGACAAUAGUAAACUGAAUUGGGUAUUUAUAACUAUUUACACAAUGUAUAUGGUAACCGAUCGAUCAAAGCAUUUUGUACCCCUGUGAAUUGCUGGUCAUAAUUUUCUUUAAUAUUUUUUUUUCUUUUUUUAGCUGCUUUUAUCUAUGUAUUAAUUGUAUGAAUGCUUUAAUGUAAUUAAAAAGUAAAGUAUUGAUAGGUUGUAUUAGAAUACUAAAAUGGGGAUUGUCUCAUAAUAUCACUUACAAAUGACAUUUUAGGACAAUUGUAUAACAUGCCAUUCCAUUUAUAGCCUAUAUACAAAACCAUAUUUGAAAUCCAUGUGUUAUUCUCACACUCAUAUGUUUAUGUAUUUAUAACAUUAAAAUACAUAUUAUCUACAUUGUAAUCAUUUAAUUGCCUAUCCAUUGUACAUGUACAUAUUGUUUUUGUCCCCCGCCUUUCGAAGAAAGCAGGGGACUAUUAAAAUGGGUUCGUCCGUCUGUCUGUCUGUCUGUCUGUCUGUCUGUCCGUCUGUCUGUCCUUCUGUCUGUCCGUCUGUCUGUCCGUCACACUUUUUGGGACACAAUAACUCUCUUCCUAAUUGAGCUAGAAUGUUCAAACUUGGUGUAUGUGUUUAUUAGGUCAAUGCCUUGAUGGAGUUCGAAGAUGAGCAUUUUCCACUUAGGGUAAGCAGAGAUAAGCAAUUUGAUUGGUUGAUGCUUUGGGACACGAUAACUCUCUUCCUAAUUGGGCUAGAAUGUUCAAACUUGGUGUAUGUGUUGAUUAGGUCAAUGCUUUGAUGGAGUUCGAAGAUGAGCAUUUUCCGCUUAGGGUAAGCAGAGAUAAGCAAUUUGAUUGGUUGAUGCUUUGGGACACGAUAACUUUUAAUUGAGCUAGAAUGUUCAAACUUGGUGUAUGUGUUUAUUAGGUCAAUGCCUUGAUGGAGUUCGAAGAUGAGCAUUUUCCGCUUAGGGUAAGCAGAGAUAAGCAAUUUGAUUGGUUGAUACUUUGGGGCACGAUAACUCUCUUCCUAAUUGAGCUAGAAUGUUCAAACUUGGUGUAUGUGUUGAUUAGGUCAAUGCCUUGAUGGAGUUCGAAGAUGAGCAUUUUCAGCUUAGGGUAAGCAGAGAUAAGCAAUUUGAUUGGUUGAUGCUUUGGGACACGAUAACUUUAGUUCUAAUUAAGUGAGAUUGAUGAAACUUGGUGUAUAGUUUCAUUACAGUAAUACCUUGACUAAGUUUGAUAAUGAGCAUUUUCUGCUCAGGGUAAGCAGAGCGAUACGCAAUUUGAUUGGUCGAGACUUUGGAAAACAAUAACUCUCCUACUUUGAUUGUCCCCCGCCUUUCGAAGAAAGCAGGGAACUAUUAAAAUGUGUUCGUCCGUCUGUCUGUUUGUCUGUCUGUCCGUUCCGCUUAUGGUAAGCAGAGAUAAACAAUUUGAUUGGUUGAUCUUCGAAUUGAGUAAAUGUUCAUGCUUAUUGUCCCCCGCCUUUCGAAGAAAGCAGGGAACUAUUAAAAUGGGUUCGUCCGUCUGUCUGUUUGUCUGUCCGUUCCGCUUAGGGUAAGCAGAGAUAAACAAUUUGAUUGGUUGAUGCUUUGGGACACUAUAACUUUAGUUCUAAUUAAGUGAGAGUGAUGAAACUUGGUGUAUAGUUUCAUUACAGUAAUACCUUGACUAAGAUCGAUAAUGAGCAUUUUCUGCUCAGAUUAAGCAGAGCGAUAAGCAAUUUGAUUUGCUGAGACUUUGGAACACAAUAACUCUCUAAUUAUUUUCCUAUUUCGGCGGGGGACAUCAGCCUCACUGUUGGCUUGUUCUUUCUGCUUUAUAUAAAUUGAAUAGUUAAUACUAAAAUUGUGCAUUUGGGCUGUAUUGAAGAAUAAACUGUCAGCCAACAAUGGAUGGAUAGGUAAAUUUAAUCAGUAGGCACUAUAGGCUUCUUUGUAGAUAACUAUGAAAUUUUAUACAAAAUUGUAAGCAAUUUGCUUUGUUAUCUCAUAAUUAUAUUACGGUGGUACUAGAUUUUUUAAAUUUAAUUGGUGAUGAUUUGAAUUUCAAUAUAUGGCAGGCUAGUCUGCUGAAAUUUAAGCUUAUAUUUGUGAUUUAUAAGCUUAUGUGUUUGUAAGACAUUUAUCUUUAUAAACUUUGAAUAUUUGUGAAUUAGAUAUUCAUAUAGCUAUGUAAUUAAAUUUACAAGAACUAAGAGGCCUUUUAUCUGGUAAACAGAUACUUAUAGCUUUUCUGAAGAAAAACACUACUGCUAUGAUGAUUUUUAGUCUGCACUGUGUGUGCAUGAAUUGAUAAUAAACCUAUUUUGAAAAAAAAUAUUUAAACUCUUGUGUUUUAAUAUACAAAGGUUUUUAGCACAGGUUUAUUAGGUGGGGUGGUUAGGUCAAGGAGAGCUAAACACACCUCACCCUCUCACCUUCAAUUUACUGAAAAAUAACUAUUGGCAGUGUGGAUGUGCUUAUUCCUUUAAAUAAUGGAAAAUGUUCUUAAUAAAUGAAUGACAAUUGGUUC